AUGUCCUUCUCCAACCCUCGAAGGACCCCGGUGACUCGUCCGGAUGUUGGAUCUAGCCAUGGUCUAAGUCUGAAGACAAACGUCACCUUAAGGAAAGGAGCUACUUUCCACUCUCCUAUCACCCCACCGACAAGCCCGCAGACAUUCAAGGUUCCUUCACUUCCUCAUCGAUCACACACCACUCUUGACGAUGUUGUUGGUGCCCAUGUUCGUCGCGCUGCUAUGAACAUUGGUAAGUUUGAUGUAACUAUAUCAGCUACCAAGGCCGAGUCUUCGUCACCAUCCACGCCCUUUUCAGACGAUAGCCUCCCCAUUCCUAGAGGCUUCCUAGACCACACCUUCCUUGAAGACACGAUGUCGGACGAGCCAUCUAUUAUCGAGGCGGAGAGACGUGUGUUACGCCCUCGCAACCGUCGCACUUCGCGGCACCACGAAUCCGACAGUGGGCUAGGGACAUCCGUAGCAUCUACCAACCAGAAGCGAAAAGAGACCAGAUCUUCUGGGGGCGCUUCAGCCAUCACACGAUCUGUUAUCCCUCCUGGCUCUGAGACCACUCAGCGUCUCAGCGAUCGGUCUAAGAACCGCAUCCACGAGCAUGUACUGAAACCGUUGCUGGAUGACAAAUCGCUUAAGGACUUCCGUCCCAUUGUCCUUGACUGUCCCAGAAGGAUCCAGGAGGACCAGAUCGUUUGUCUCAGGGAUCUCGAGAAGACCCUAAUCUUUAUGGCACCGGUGAGUCAAUCUAUGAAAGACGGUGGCGUUUGUGGAGUUACUUAUCAUUGGCUCUUGAAGGAGAACGCAAAAUCUGUGGAACUAUAUCGUGACUUUUGCCUUACUUCGAUCCGAUGUAUUCAAGCAACCGUCGAAUAUCUUAGUGACCGAGAGCAAACCCGACCUCACGAUCGACCUUAUAACAACGGUUAUUUUAUCGAUCUCGUCGAACAAAUCCGCCAGCACGCACAACAGAUGCAGGAGGCUCGUAAGAGACAAGCUGAUGGAGAAGAACUAGACGAGAUGGAUGUCGAUCCAACUGACGAGGUCAAGCUUGUGGGUGGCUUGACUACCAACGGACGACCUGCCGAGCUCGUUCGUGUGAAAAAGAAUGGCAAGGCGAUCUCUCUCGCUACUGGAGAGCCUAUUGAGGAUCUGGAAGAAGACGUGAAGGGACCUAUUCGAUUCAAGCGUUCGAUGAGUGAACAAGCUGAAGACGAAGAGGAAAUCAUGCGAUCCAUGGCUCGACGAAAGAAGAACGCUUCUCCUGAGGAGCUUGCACCCAAGAAGUGCCAUCACCCUGGUUGCAACAAGGAAUUCAAGCGACCCUGUGAUCUAACCAAGCACGAGAAGACUCAUUCUCGUCCUUGGAAGUGUCCCAUCCCCACUUGUAAAUACCACGACUAUGGUUGGCCCACCGAGAAAGAAAUGGAUCGACAUGUCAACGAUAAGCAUUCGGCUGCUCCACCGAUGUAUGAGUGCCAUUUCAAGCCUUGCCCUUACAAGUCGAAGCGGGAGUCCAAUUGCAAACAGCAUAUGGAGAAAGCACAUGGGUGGACUUAUGUUCGAACCAAAACCAAUGGUCAGAAGAAGUCUAGCAAAGGCAGUAGCUCGGCCCAGCCUACUCCUUUGAUCAAGAGUUUGCCUACGCCGGACAGUGAACAGAUGGAUGCUAUGAUGACACCACCUGAUGACUCCCUCUUUGGACACUAUCAUGAUCACGAAUUCCCUUCGUAUCCCUCCGACCAAGAAUUUAAUGCUAGCUUGUACGACCAGCGUCCAUACGAAGCCGGAGACCUCCAACUGGAGUUCUCUCCCAUCGAUAACAGUACGCCCUCUACUGAAUCUGACCAAUUCAAUACGUACCAAGAUCUUAGCCCCGAGUUCACUGGUCAGUUCGAGGACAUUUACGGCGCCACAGUACAACUGCCUACACCAGCACACUCGAUCUACAACAAAGACAUGGCUACCUUUGCAAACUAUGCGCCAGAAGUCUGUCGACAUGUUGGGAUUCCACAUAUUUCAGCUGGUGGCCAAGGCAAUCACGUCAUGUUAACACCGCCUACUAUGGUAGAUGAGGGGUUCGAAGAUUUCCAGCCCUGUUCUAAUCAAUUUGGCCAUGACUUUCCCCUUUUCCCAUCAACGAUGGACAAGGGAUGCGAAUAUGGGAGCGGCCUAUAUCUGCCCAGCCUCGCUGCUGGUUAUAGCCAACCAUCAUCUCAAGAUUUCAAUAUGGACUGUCCACCUAUGGAAUGGGCAGCACCGGAAUAUCAAAGCUUCUCUAGCUAG